AGGUUUGUGGAUAAAAGAAAGCAUAGACAAUGGCAGACACCAAUGAGAUGACAAUCAACCUUGUUGUCCUUGGAAAAACUCAGACUGGCAAGAGUGCUUCUGGGAACAGCCUGCUGGGCAGCUCAGACUUUGAGAGCCGUCGCUCCCCAAGCUCUGUGACUACAUGCUGUAGCCUUGGAUGCAGCUGUCGCAUUUUGGGGAUUAUGCGAAGAAAUGGCUGCGAGCUGGCUCUCCGUGUUCGAGUACUUGACACUCCAAGCUACCCUCACAGUGCUCUGAGCAAGGAGCAGGUGAGAGACAUGGUGGCAUCAGCCCUGGCUCACCACUUCGGGGAGGAAGGCCUGCACCUGGCUCUCUUGGUCCUGCGGGCUGACUUGCCUCUGUGUCCGGAUGAGAGUAAUGAUGCAGUUCAGUUCAUCCAGGAACUUCUGGGUCCCACAUGGAAGGAUUUCACUGCAGUUUUACUUACUCAUGCAGACAAGGCAGAAGAAGCUGGAUGCAGUGAAGAAACAUACUUGCACAGUGCCUCAAGUACUCUGUUGUCACUUUUGAGCUCAGUACAGCAUAAAUACAUUUUCCUAGACAACCAGAAGAGCAUAAUUAAAGAGGAAAGAACCAUUGUCUUAAGAAAGCUCUUGAAUUUUAUAAGACAAAAUAAUUAUCAAGUGCUUUUACUUAAAAACAGCAAGGAAUAAAAUAAGUUUUCAGGUGCUCAUUUGUCUAUUUUCUAUGGUAGGUAACCUUUAAUAGAAAUAAAAAAGUAGAAGCCAUCAGCUGGAAAACUCCACAUCCAAAUACCU